UUGUGUGCAGACGUGUUUUUGCUCGUGCGACUGAAGUCGUAGACGCCAGAAAAAAUAGUUGGUCAGCUGUGAAUUUUUAGCUUAGUUGCACUAAAAUAAGUGCAAAUUGAAUUAGAGCGAUCAAAUCACGCCACAAGAUGGCGGACGACGAACAAUUCUCGCUGUGUUGGAAUAAUUUCAACACGAACCUUUCUGCUGGAUUCCAUGAAUCCUUAAUACGGGGUGAUUUAGUAGACGUCACGCUGGCAGCCGAAGGUCAACUUGUCAAGGCACAUCGACUCAUUCUGUCAGUAUGCUCACCUUACUUUCGGAAGAUGUUCACCCAAAUGCCGGCCAACCAGCACGCAUUCAUUUUCCUAAAGGACGUUAGUCAUUCAGCACUGAAGGAUCUCAUCCAGUUCAUGUACUGCGGAGAGGUGAAUGUAAAGCAAGAUGCUCUUCCUGCGUUUAUUAGUACGGCGGAGGCGCUGCAAAUUAAAGGACUGACUGAAACGGGAGAAAGCGCGCCUGCGAAUGCGUCGCCCGCCAAAGAAACCUCUCACCUGCCCUCUAGUGGGAUGACGACUGUACCCUCGAAUGCGUCAUCUCCAAGAUUAAAACCACUGCAGCGGAGUCGGAUUCAUUCGUACAAGCUCGAUUCAGAUGAUGGAAGCGACCACGAAAAAGUAGUACAAAUUACCGCCACCUCCACCCCAGCCACUGCUAGCAGUAGUAGUGGACCGAGUGCUACUCUCGUUGCCACACAAGUAAGUGCAGCGCCACAGCAAGUGCAAAUUUUGCAAACACAAUCGUCACAGAAACGAACGCUUCAGCAAAGAACCUCGAUCACACCGCAAACGGCUCAGAUCAUGAAACGUGCUAAAUUGUCUGAUCCGCUGGAAGCUGUCGUUGAGUCGGCACCCCAAAUCCAAACCGUUCAAAUUGUUAAGCAAAUCACCCCCCAAACACAGCAACCCUCGUCGGAUCCGGAAUAUGUAGAAAUGCCUAUCGAAACAAUCAAUCCUAAAGCCGAACCGGAAUACGCUGAUGAUCCCUCGGAGGUAGAAGCGAUAGAAGCGGACAAUGAACAGGAACAGACUCUAGCGGAACAUGAAACAGCAGAACAGGACCAGGAAGCUGAUGAUUCGGCUCAUUACGUUGAAGAUGAAACCUAUGGUGAUAUGAGCAAGUAUGAUGAAACUUAUUUCACGGAAGGAGACGAUGCUAAAGCCGGCGCUUCAGGAUAUGGCAGCGAGUCCUAUGUAGAAGGUGGCGCAGCAGCCGACCAAGCAGCACAAGGUACUAUGAAAUGUAUGGAAACAGAGUUGCAUUACGACAGCGGAGAUAUAUAUUUUGUCCCGAGUCGCAGAGGAAAUCCGAAAAUGAUGAUUCACGGAUACACGUACGUUCGUAAUAGUGUGAAUUCCGCUAAAACCUAUUGGAUUUGCUCGGCUCGUAGACUAAAAUGCCGUUCAAGAGCGAUUACCUAUAAGGGAACCAAACGCAUAACAGUUAGCACUCAAGCCCACAAUCAUUUGCCAUCGCUGAAAUAAGGUCACUAUUGCUAUUUUUGAAUCAUCACAUAAUAUUAACUGGGGAAACCGUGCAAUAGGAAAAGCCUAUUUGUAUUCCGGUGUUCAAUAGUUAAGCAGCCUUUAAGUUGGCACUAGCACUAGCACCGCGUUUGUCCUGUACACUAACAGCUAGCUACGAAUAAAUACAGAAGGUCACGCUCCACUAACGAAAUGUAGCACUGAGACUUUGAUUUGGUUGCAGCAAUAGUCAGGCAAAAUCUUCCCACACUUUUUAAGGAUUUUUGAAAAUAUACAGUGGAAUAUAUCAGUUAAGAUUAAAUAUAGGCUAUACCUCUUCAAUCAAUUGUUAACUUCGGGAAGCUCCCAUCAUUAUAUAGUGCCCAAUGUAUACAUGAAUGGUGAAAAUUGUUAGUGCGAUUUUUCAAAACCUUCAUUAUUACCUCUAACAAAGGCGUAUUGUAUGUUGUUGCUACUUUCUGUAAACUAUGUUAAAUAAUGACUGCUAUCGUAGAUGGAUUGAUUUAGGAUCCAGAUCAUUUCAAUUGUAUUAUUAAACAAGUAAACCGUUUUAGUGCCACUGCAAAGUCUUACCCGGAUUAUAAGGACAGAUGGAAGCUACUGUUUCAGAUAUGAAUUAUAUUAAUAUUACAUAACGAACAUUAUGCUUUUAAUGAAUUUAGGUCGAUAGUAAGCAUAUUGACUCGAAGAAACCUCGUAGAAUAUGAUUGCUAUGACUCUACGUAAAGGUUCAAAGGUUCAAUACAGUAAUAUUAAACAAAGACGUAUAGUGCUCAAAAGUCGACCCUUAUCAAAAUUAGCAAAUUUCUCAAACCCUGGUUGCAUCAAUAAAAUGGUUUAAGUGAAUUAAACAUAUAUAAUAUUAUUUUAAAAUCGGCGAUGUCCCCGGGGGCCAGGAUCUAAUAAGUUAAAGUCGAUAUAACAGAUCUUCAUUUGUCAUCAAUUUGAAAGUUAGCCAGUAAUCAAAAUAUAGUUUCAAUCUUUCGGAAUGGAAUGGAUUGACGGUUCUGCUAUUAGUAAUGGUUUUGUGUUUCCUCUAAGCAACAUAUGACUGUGCGUUGUGUGUUUUUAAUUAGCUAGCAUCUAACAGCUUAUAUUGACUUAUACAAUCAUGGGAUGUGUACUUAAAAAUACCUUAAAAAAGCGGCAUUAGGUACUUUUUGUAAUAGACAUUUAAAAAAUUAACGUAAACCUAAGUUU